UUAUCUAUGGCGACAUAAUAUUUAUACGUCUGUAUUAAUAAUAAAUGUUAUCUACCAAUCCACCAUUAACCAAUUAUUUAUCACGUCUCAUAAAAUAAUAUUAUGAACAAAAAGAGUUGUAAUAAAUAUAAUUACAUAUUUAGCUCCUUCUGACUUUUGAUUAUCGCGAAUCGCGAGUCUCGUGUUCUGUGUUCUGACAUCUGUGUCAGUGACGUCAGUGUUCUGGGGUAAACUACUUGCAAUUUGCAACCUGUUGCAUGACCUUUGCCUUUGUCGAAAAAAAAUUGGAAUUAAAUGAUGGUUUUAUGGAAGAAUGCCAUUUCCAGGUUGCUUAGACUCAAUCGAUACUAUAAUCCAGUUGCAAAAUGUUCAUCCAUGGUACAGGAACAAAAAAUCGUUAUUGGUGGUCAAACGAUCAACUACGUGAAAGUUGGACAUGGCUCCAAAACAAUUUUUUGUUUGUCAGGAGUGAUGGGAUCGAUCUGGAGGGACUUCAAGCCGCAGAUUGACGGCUUCGAUAGGAAUAAAUUCACUGUUGUCGUUUGGGAUCCACCAGGUUAUGGUCGCAGUCGUCCUCCUUUGAAAAAAUUCACUCCGAAAUUUUACGAAAAUGAUGCGGAAUGUGCACAUCAAUUUAUGAAGGAAUUGGGAAUCAGCAAAUAUUCUCUAGUUGGUUGGAGUGAUGGGGGUGUUACAAGUAUCAUACAUGCUGCUAAUUACCCGGAAAAAGUUGAAAAAUUGAUUGUGUGGGGUUCAGGAACUUUCAUAAUACCCGAAGAAAUCGAAAGCAUUGAAUUGAUGCGAGAUUUGAAGAGAUGGUCGCAUAAAAUGAAGGAACCCCUUCUACAAUUCUAUACGGAAGAGGAAUUGCAAUUAAUGUUGAACGAAUGGCGUGACACUCUUGCAGAAAUACUACAAAAUGGUGGCAAUAUUUGUAAAGAUCGACUGGGAGAUUUGAAAUGCCCAACUUUGAUACUUCAUGGUGAUAAAGACCCUGCUUUAGAUCCCAUUCACCCAGGAUUCAUGAUUGAAAAUAUAAAGAAUGCAAAGUUGCAUCGGUUUCCUGAAGGAAAACAUACAAUACAUCUGAAGUACUCUGAAGAAUUCAACAAGCUUGUCACAGAUUUCAUUUUGGAAAAGGAAUAACAUAAAUAUGAAGUAUGUAUUGAUACACUCACCGGCAAAAAGAACGGCAGAGAAAAAUCUUGCAAAAUUGAUCGCCCUGUAACUUUUUUUAUUCUUCUCAGAUUUGGAAGAAAUUUCGACUAAAUCGUAUAUUUAUGUUUCGGAUUGUUAGCAUGAAUGUUUUUUUCAUUAUUAAAUGGAUUAAAUGGAGGGCAAGUAUGUAUAACUAAAGUGCACAAAGAAAUGAGUGGACCUACAUAAAUGUUUGCCAAUUUUGAAUUUGCCAUAAUUUUUCGAAAAAUGAAUUGAUUUUCAAUCGGAAAGCAGUGCUUGAGAGCUUCCACACCAAAUAUUUUAAAAAAUGUUCGAGUGCCUCAGUUUUCCACAGGAUUUUUUUCAUUUAUUACUGAUCCUGUUUUCAGAACGCCUGAGACGAUAUCUCGAAAUGGUUUCGGAUUUUUCGAUAUUCGUUUUUUUUUCGAUUUUCUGGAUUUUAUCGCAUCACUGUGGAUUCAAAAAUUCCGUGGGCAAUAUUCAAACCAUUUUGCCUCGUUAUACCAUUGAAGACAUAAAACUUUGAAAUCAUGAACAUCUUCAACAGGAAAACAAUCCCCUUGUUUUAGAAAAUGUUUAAAGCUUGGUGAGAUCGCCUGUUCAGUUCGUUCGAUGUUGCCAUAACCAAAAGCUAUUGAAAACAAGAAUUCCUCAUUUGGAUCAACUGCCCUGGUCAAUAUCUUCAGACAAUUUCGUGAUUUUUCAGAUAUCUCAAAUCAAGGGAGCGUAAGGAGCACUUCUGGAUUAUUCUGACCUAUACGAACAGUAACAAAGAUUCAGUGCUUUUCAGACUUCCAUGGGCUAGCAUGAUAUCAAGAAACACAAAAAUUUUGUUUUUGUGUAAUCAACACCUAUUCAUGCGAAUGAUACCAUUGGAACACCCAAUAUAACAUUUCAUCAUGAGGGAUCCGCCCUUUCCGCCAAACCUUUGACAAAUAGGGUUGUACACACUAGUCGAAUUUACGCCACAUACCUAUUUUAUAUUGAUCAUUCCGUGUAUAAAUAGUAUUUGAUACAAUCAUUCGUUAUUUAAAAUUAUCGCAAAUAUAUUUUUUUAAUAAUUAAAUUCGGUGUCUUCGAAAAACGCCAGGUUCGAUGACGUCAUGACCCAAAUUCUGGCUUUCGUAUAAAAAGGACCAUAUAUUUUGAGGCUGCCAGAUUUGUAACUAGUAAUUACCUUAUGAGAUUCAGUAAGACUAAUGACAAUGGUAUUCACAUUCACAGAAGACAAGUUCAUCCUGGUGGUCCCUAAUAAUCACUUAUUGGAUACCUAUAUACUUGCAAGACGCUUCAGUACCUAUAAAAUUAUCCUAGUAUUCCUAAUAAUGAUCGAGAUUUUAUUUAAUCCCAAAUUAUUUUGUGGCAACAGUGCAAAGCCUAAGUUCCCAGAAAUACAAAAAGAGAAGAAGACAAACUAAAUUGUCAACCUAACUUCCUGACGUUGUUUCAUCUAGUGAAGAUGCGAAAAUCAAAGAUAAUCCUCAUAAUCUGAUUAUUUAGUUGUGUGUUGGUUCUCUGUUAUCUACAGUACCUAAGUAUUUAAUUCUGAAAAUUCAUUCCAUAUGCUGAUUGAAAUGACAAUCAGAAAUAUCCUUGCACUUGUUUAUCAAAAAUAGAAAAUUGAAACGUGAGUCGAAUCUUAUAUGAUGUUUUCGGAUGAUUACGUCACGCAUUUUCCCUCGUUUUUCAUGUUAUGAAAUAUCGUGAAUUUCAAUAAUUAUUUGAAAAAGUCAGAACUCUGAGAAAAAAAAACUGUUCGUGACAGUGCACUAGUUAGGGUUAGUACUUCGAAAUAAUGAAAUAAAAUGUUUCACUGAAACAUGGCCAUUGUCGUUAUUCUUCCACAAUAUGAGCUCGAAAAUGCUCUCAGACUCAUGCAUUGUUAAUGACAGCAAUGAUAACAAUGCUAUUGUGGAAGAAUGACAGUUGUCAAAGGAGAUGUUAUAUUUACUAAACUAAAUUUUUGGGGCAUUUCCAAUUAUGUGAUGAACAAACUUAUGAGAGAAAAGUUUCUCGAUAUCCUGCUAGCCUAUGAAAGUCUGAAAAUCACUAGAUCUUUGUUACUGUUCCUAUAGGUCAGGAUAAUCCAGUAGUGACCCCUCACGUCCCCUUGAAUUGAGAUAUCGCGAAAUGGUCCCAAGAUAUUAACCAGAGCAGUUGAUCCAAAUGAGGAAU